CAGGGAGACACAGACAGGCAGCCACACACACAGAACAUCCCGACCCGGACUGCAAAGCAUCUUUUCUUUCCACCGUCGGAUUAAACCCGUCCCCAACACCGAAUCACGCCAAGACAUGAGCUUCUCCCACUGAGCGUUAUUGAUGCUGAACUGAGUGGUCCAGUGCUGUCCUCCGGUGUUUCCCCUCCCCUUCAAUUUUCUGUCCCUGUGUCUGUCACCUGGAAUCUGAGCAGCCAUGACGAAGUCUUACAUUUUCAACUGGCAGAAGCACCUGCCUGAGUUCAUGCAGGAAGGUGCCUCCUUCGACAGGUUUGAUGAGGACCCGUACGUCUUUGAGCCCAACUGUCAGAUGACGGUGGACGAGUUUGGCUUUUUCAUCUGCUGGAAGAGUGAGGGGAAGGAAGGCCAGGUUCUCGAGUGUUCGCUCAUCAACAGCAUUCGCGUCGGCGGCGUCCCAAAGGAACCCAAGAUCUUGGCAUCAUUCGAGGCCCUUGGAAAGACAGAGUCGGACUUAGAGGGCUGCAUCAUCUGCAUCUGCAGCGGCACAGACCUGGUCAACCUCAACUUCGUGUUCAUGGUGGCCGAGAGCCCGGACACAGCCAGGAAAUGGAUCGAGGGUCUCAGGUCAGUGAUUCACAACUUUAAGGCAAACAACGUCUGUCCAAUGACCUGCCUCAAGAAACAUUGGAUGAGAAUGUGCUUCCUGACCAAUGUGAAUGGUAAAAUUCCCGUGAGAGGCAUUACUCGAACAUUUGCAUCAGGAAAAACGGAGAAGGGGAUCUUUCAGGCUCUGAAGGACCUCGGCCUUCCGAGUGGAAAGAACGAUGAGAUUGAACCUUCAGAUUUCACCUUUGACAUUUUCUACGCGCUCACACAGAAGAUCUGCCCUCGCACAGACAUAGAGGAACUCUUCAAGAAAAUCAAUGGGAAAGAAACUGAUUAUUUAACUGUAGACCAGUUAGUCAGCUUUCUGAAUGAAAACCAGCGUGACCCUAGAUUAAAUGAGAUCCUGUUCCCGUUCUACGACCCCAAGAGAGCCAUGCAGAUCGUCGAGAAAUACGAGAGAGAUGACGAGUUGAAGAAGAAAGGUCAAAUGUCCAGUGAUGGCUUCUGCCGGUACCUGAUGUCAGACGAAAACGCUCCCGUUUUCUUGGACCGGCUGCAGCUGUAUCAGGAAAUGGAUCAGCCGCUGGCCCACUACUUCAUCAGCUCGUCCCACAACACCUACCUGACGGGGCGACAGUUCGGAGGGAAGUCCUCCGUGGAGAUGUACCGCCAAGUCCUGCUGUCUGGAUGCAGAUGUGUGGAGCUGGACUGCUGGGACGGUAAAGGAGAGGACCAGGAGCCCAUCAUCACUCAUGGGAAGGCCAUGUGCACAGACAUCCUUUUCAAGGAUGUUAUCCAAGCCAUCAAGGAAACAGCAUUUGUGACCUCAGACUACCCUGUUAUUUUGUCCUUUGAAAACCAUUGCAGUAAACCACAGCAGUACAAGAUGGCCAAGUAUUGCGAUGACACCUUUGGCGAGUUCCUCCUCAAACAGCCUCUGGAAAACUACCCGAUUGAAUCUGGGCGCCCCUUACCCUCUCCAGGUGAACUCAAACGUAAAAUCCUCAUCAAAAACAAACGCUUGAAACCUGAAGUGGAACAGAAACAGCUAGAGGCCUUUAAGAAACACAUGGAGGCAGGAGAGACCAACACACCUGCCAUCAUUAUGGGAGAGGAGAUUGAAGAGGAAACAGAGAAUGGUCAGCUGAGAGAAAAGGAGGUUGAGUUAAAUUCUGAGGCCCCCAGCAAUCUGUCAGAGGCAACCACUGAGAAAGAGGCCAACAGUGUUUCCCAGAGCAACGCUGUCAGCUCCAAGAAGGACAACAACCUCAGCAACAGUACCAAGAAGGUGCCGGACGAUGAAGUGACGGAGAUGUCUGAAGCCACAGAAGCAACAGACGCCACAGAUAUCUCAGAAGCAUCUGACCAAGACAAUAACAAAAAGGUUGCAGAAGAAGCGGAGGACUCUGAGGAGGCUCUGAUAGCUCAGUACACCUAUGUAGGAGCCACCACUAACAUCCACCCGUGGCUCUCAGCCAUGGUCAACUACGCACAGCCCGUCAAGUUCCAGAGCUUUGACGUGGCGGAGGAAAGGAACAUUCACCAUAACAUGUCGUCAUUCAACGAGUCUGUGGGUUUGGGCUAUCUGAAGACCAACGCCAUCGAGUUUGUCAACUACAACAAGCGUCAGAUGAGCCGUAUCUACCCCAAAGGGGGCCGGGUGGACUCCAGUAAUUACAUGCCUCAGAUCUUCUGGAACGCAGGCUGCCAGAUGGUCUCACUCAACUUCCAGACCCCAGAUCUAGCCAUGCAGCUCAACCAAGGAAAGUACGAGUACAACGGCUCCUGCGGGUACCUGCUGAAGCCUGACUUCAUGCGGCGGUCAGACAGGAUGUUUGACCCUUUCUCAGAGACGCCUGUGGACGGAGUCAUCGCAGCAACCUGCAGUGUUCAGGUGUUCUCUGGACAGUUCCUGUCAGACAAGAAAAUUGGCACGUACGUUGAGGUGGACAUGUACGGGCUGCCGACGGACACCAUCCGGAAGGAGUUCCGCACCCGCAUGGUGAUGAACAACGGGCUGAACCCUCUCUACAACGAGGAGCCCUUCGUCUUCAGAAAGGUGAUCUUACCCGAUCUGGCGGUCCUGCGCAUUGCCGUUUACGACGACAACAACAAGCUGAUUGGUCAGCGCAUCCUGCCUCUGGACGGCCUGCAGGCUGGCUACCGUCACAUCUCGCUGAGGAACGAGGGCAACAAGCCCCUGUCGUUGCCCACCAUCUUCUGCCAAAUCAUCCUCAAGACAUACGUGCCCGACGGCUUUGGAGCAAUUGUGGAUGCCCUAUCGGACCCAAAGAAGUUCUUGACCAUAGCAGAGAAAAGAGCUGACCAGAUGAAGGCGCUGGGGAUUGACACGAAUGACAUAGCAGACGUUCCCAGUGGAAGCUCAAAGAAUGAUAAGAAGGGAAAAGGGAAAGGAGACACGGUGAAGGCCAACGUCACACCGCAGGCCAGCUCGGACAUGGCCCAGAGCUCCAACUCGGCUCACAAUAACAACGCAGAAAACAAAAAGGAUACUGGACUCGUGCCUAAUGUCAGCAUUGAGGACUUAAAACUAAUGAAGACGUACCUUAAAUUGAUUAAAAAGCAACAGAAGGAGCUCAACACUUUAAAGAAGAAGCAGGCAAAGGAUCAAAGUACAAUGCAGAAAGCCCACUGCACCCAGGUGGACAAGAUGGUGUCACAGAAUGAGAAGGAGAAGACCUCCCUGGAGAAACUACUAGAGAAAGCCAUUAAAAAACGAGGGGAAAACAACUGCCAAGAGCUGAAGAAGGAGACGGAGGAUAAGAUCCAAACACUGACCGCUGAUCACAAAGUCAAGGUAAAGGACAUCACAGCACAGCACACUAAAGAGUGGUCAGAGCUGAUCAGCAGCCACAGCAGCGAGGAGCAGGUGAUGAAGGACGGCCACGUCACACAGCAGUGCGAACACCUCAAGAAACUCCUGACCACCGUGCAGGAGCAGCAGACCGUGCAGCUCAAACUCAUCCACGAACGGCAGAGCAAAGAGAUGCGUGCCAACCAGGCCAAGAUGUCCAUGGAAAACAGUAAAGCCAUCAGCCAGGACAAGUCCAUCAAAAACAAGGCAGAGAGAGAGAGGAGAGUGCGAGAGUUAAACAGCAGCAACACCAAGAAGUUCCUGGAUGAGAGGAAGAGGCUGGCCAUGAAGCUACAGAAAGAGAUGGAGCAGCUACAGAAAAACCAGAGAGAACAGUUGGAGAAACUGGAGAAGUUCAAUGAGCAGCUUUUGAAAUCACACCAUGCAAACAAACAGGUUCAAGGCCAAGGACAUGCAACAGAUGGUGAAGUUGGAGGAGGAGAUGGACCGCAGACCUGCCACGGUGGUGUGAGCGAAUGAGACAGAGGCACAUGUACACGCACACACACACACACACGCACGCACACAAACAUGCAGGUGCAGAAACACUCCACCGCUGAUAGCCCUCUACCACCCAGAGACAUUAACCCUGGUUACAUCACUGUCCCUCUACUUUCUGUCAUCUUUCACACACAAACAAACAAACAAACACAGUAGCCCUCCCACCACUCAGUUUCUGCACCCUUACCUCACCCACCAACUCUACAACACUGAGCCAUUGGUGCUCUGCACUGUUUGGCAGGGGGUUUAACCACUUAUAUGGAGAGGAAAUGUUACCUCGGAAGCAAAUCACACAGAAUCAGACGUAUCCCCUCCUCCACUGUUUGUAGAUCGAAAUGUUCACCUUCAAUGCUCUCUGAAUCCUACGGGCAACACAAGCUGCAGCUAUGGGUGGACACACACACUCACUCACACACACACACACACAGAACACAUGCACAAACACUUUCACUCACGGGAGGUGGAUAACCAUUCCCUUUUAUACUUUUUUGCUUCUUUCUUUCUUUGAAAAUGGUACCCGAUUAACUGCUCCAGAAACGGCGCGAAGAGGUGAAAAGAAUAUGUUUAAGAUUUAAUGUCAUUUCAGCACAAAUGAAAAAACGUUGUGAAAUACACUGUACGCUACACACCAGUCCUGUCCUGAGCACUUUGUAUGUGUAGGCCAUUAUAACAAUGUGGAAAAUGUAGCAGUGCACUACUGUAGGUUUUCUGUAUUUCAGUAAGAAUGUAUUUUUAAAAAAGAAAAUCACUGUAUGAAGGAGUAGCAAACACCACGUGUCACCUAUACCUACAAUGCAAGUUGUGUGACUUCACAAAGAUGUAUUACUGACGUUUUUGUUGUCCGACAAUGUUACAGCCGACUAUAAAAAGGCUUAUUAUCUUUGCUGCGUCAAAAGACUAUAAAGGGAUCACAAUGGAGAGAUGUUCACUUUGAUUAAGGCCGAUUUCCCCACUCAAGUUUUGUUUUGAAAUGCUAUACCCUAGAGAUUGUGUACCUUUUGUGUUUUACUUGAAAAUAACAUGCUAUAGUCAUUUUUAUUUAUUUGUACAAUUACCCUCAAUCAUCACAAGUGUAUACCUGCAAAACUCAAAGUGUUAUGCUCCUAAUUUCGGGCUCAAAAUCACAUAUACUAUGCAAAAAACAAAACAUGAUUCCCUUAAAGCUUAAGGUGCAGAAAAUACAGAAAAUCAAUUAUAACCGUGACCAAAAGAAAUAGAGGAAAAUGAUACAGUAAUAGUUACCCAAAUGUUUUAUUUGUUUUGCCUUUAAUGAUGACUAAACAACAUGAAGGUAAUACAUUGAAAGCAGAGGCUCCAUAGUCUAAAACAAGACAUCAAGCUCUAUAGCACCCACAUUGUCAAGGCAAAAGGCCUAAGAGCCCUAGACAUAAACACUGCAUCACUGUAUACCAGAGAGUAUCUACAGUAGCAUAUACAUCUCAGCAAAACAGCCAACUGUCACUGUCCCAGGAGGCAGGCAGUGGACCAACCGGAGAACUGUUAACUACCCAGAAAAGAGGCCCGUUGACAAAGUAGGCAAAUAAAAGAUGGAAGGUUUAAAACUGUUAUUUCUUCUAAGCCAGAUCAGUAACUAACAACACCUGGCCAUGUUGCUUACAAUAUGAACAAGCAGAUUGAAAACUUGCACAUAUAAAAAAAGUGGGCAAAGUUGUGGAGAGUUUUGCACUUGAAACUCGUGCCAAAUCCUUAACACACAUGUAGCAAAAUGUGUCAAUGUUUGGCAGCACAUUCAUUCUGCUGUAAUACAUUGUGUUAAUUGAGCAGCCCAUCACCAUCGGACAAGAACUUUUGCAGAGCGAAGUCAAAGCCAUCUGGCCUAGUCAGUGUCCCCCUCAUUAAAGCGUUGUUUAAGUGAAGUGCUCCCUUAAUAGCUUCUUGACUGCACGUUAGCAACCUCAGCUUGUAAUCCUCAACGUUUCCCUGCUCGCCUUCAGUCAGGGGAUGUCAGACUGAGUCAUUAUAAGAGAUUUGUAACAAAGCCUGUGACAUGGCUGCCUCACACUUUCCACACCAGGGACUUCAGAGCAGGCCUGUGUCCCCCACACGUUCCCUUACUGUUUAUGGCACUACAGAGCACUUGAGGAAGCACUAUUGUCUGCAGUCUUGGUGACACUGCUGGACAAAAAGCCCCUACAGGGAAUGACAUGUGAGGUGAAGUACGAUUAUAAAGUGAUACUGUGGGUACUGUAGUAUUUGUGCACAUAUGACGAUGCCUGGCAGUCACAUUGCAGGGCAUACCACUAACAAAGAUUGACCAAAAGUCUUUAUAAUGAUGACACAAAAAACAUGAGUAUAAAAGUACCUCGAGGUAUUAAGCCCUUUUUAAAAUAUAUUUUCUGUGAUUUCCUGCUGUAACACACAUAUAGGGUAGAUGGGAUUUUCUUGUAUAUACUGGAAUGUAUGUAGUUUAAUUUACUUUUUGCCCAAUUGUGUUCUGUCAUACAAGGGCUUGGGAUAGAGUGGGUCUGUGGGAUGUUGGGAAAGACAUUUAUCAACCACUGGGUUUUCUUUGUUGUCUCCGUCUCCCAGUCUGCCCUGACUGCACCACACAACACAGUAUAAAGCUCACACCACAUAUCUAGUGCAGAGAUAAACAAGUCAAAAAGUGCUUUUAAAUUUUAUUCCAUCGCUUUCAAAUGUGCCACUCAGUGUCUGCUAGGAUGGUAAAAUUAUUUUGUGAAUGAUAAAAUGCCAAAUUAAGGGGUUAUUUAUAUGAAGAUAUAUAUAAAUAAAUGAAUAUAUAUAUAUAUUAUAUAUAUUAGAUAUAAUGUGUAGUUUAAGAAUAUUAUGUUUGUUAGAGGCUUUGUUGCACUAGUGGAAUGUUUUUGUUGUGUGAUUACAUGUAACCUUUGGCUCUCUAGUUUGUCAAAAAGCCGAUUAUUUUUGCAGAGCAAGUCACCGAUUUCAUUUCCUCAGUUUCUACUGUAUCUCCUCUCUGUUUUCUAUUUGAACUGUAGCUUGUCAACAAACCAUUCUGUGCGUGUUUUUGUAUUUAUAUUGUAUUGUUGAACUUAAAGCAAUGAAAAUACUGUUGUUAUCCAGCUCCUUUAAUACUGUUUUAUAGUAUGUGUACCAAUAAAUCCAGGUGUAAAACGGGACAUGA